GUGCCUAGACGGGUGUGCGGGUUGCAGGGUGAGUGACAGGAGGGGGCCCUGGGGAUGUGUGGGCGCGCAGAGGAAAGCAGGACGGGGUCUGGGAACGUGCAGCAGCCAGGGAGUGUGCAGGUGCGAGCGUUGUGGUGCGGUGCAGGGGAGGGGAGGGGAGGGGAGGGCGGUGUUUGCACGGCAAGGGGGGAGGCUCGGCAGGGCGCGGGUGGGGCAUAGCCAGGGCCGGCUCCGGGCACCAACAGGCGCCUGGGGCGGCAAUCUUAAAGGGGCGGCAGUCCGUCCGUGCGUCCUUCCUUCGGACGGCACGGGGUUUUUUCGCCGCGGCGGCAAUCCGGCGGCGGCAACUUCUUCAGGCGGUAAUUGGGCGCGCUGCUUGGGGCGGCCAAAAGCGUAGAGCCGGCCUAGGCACGUCGCACUUUUUUGCAGGUUCAAGCAAACCCUCCCCUCCCCCGCGCGGAACGCAGCUGACUCAGAUCCGGGUUGGAGGCAUAUACAUAGCGGGGAAACUACCCAGGGACGUCAUGCGCCUCCCACCCAAGCCCCUGGAGGCGUGCGGCGGGGGUUGCGUUUGGGUUUGUAACUCGAGGGGAGCGGGAAGUGCAAGGAUGCAGGUGGCCCCCCUCACGCAGGCCGUCCCCGCCCCACGUCAGUUUGUCCAACGGCCUCUCUCGGGGUGGGGACAGGAGAGGAAACAAAGGCACGGCCAGGCUGCAGCAGCCGAGGCGGCCCCUGUUCUGGUCGGGGGGGGAGGGGUGGGAGCGAGGGAAGGAGGGGCCGUAAGAGCGAGAGUAUCUCAGCUAGCGCGCGCAGGGGCGGGGCGGGGCGACGCGACGCGGGGCGCGCGCCAGCCAUUCGCACGCCUGCUGACAGUUGCAGGCGCUGGCGGCUUUUGAAUUUGGUUUCCAGUCUGCGAAAAAGAGCAGAGCCCCGCCGGGGUCGCUGCCUCAUUGGGCAAGGGCGGGUCACGUGGGCGCCGUAUUUGUGGGCGGGAGCUGGGAGAGCCCGGCAAAGCGCGCGCCGGCCAUAUUGGAGGGGCGCGGAGCCCGCCUGUUUUGUGUUUCAUUCUGAGCCCGACCCGAGGGGAAGGAACCGGCGCGCGCGGGCGGGUUCGCUCUUUGCAGCCCCAGGCGCCGGUCUUUUCCCUCGGCGCGUUGCUGGGGCUGCUUCUGCCCCUCCGUUCCCGCUCUGCGCUUGUUUAACCCUGGGGCGGCCGCGGCCCUUUUAUUUUCCCUCCUUUUUUUUUUUUCCCCCUUGUCCCAGCCUCGCUGAUUCUUCGCGCCCCCCCCCCCCCCGCUUUUGUACCGUCUGCCGCUAGCGCUGCAGCUGCUUCUCUCACCCCUCUGAACGGCUUCGGGGCGCUUAGAUCAGCGCCCGCCCCGCCUCGCCUCCUCUCCCGCGUCCCCUCGCACCGUCUCCCGCCCCCGGCAGCCUCCUGUCCUCGCUGCUCCGCACCCUCGGCCCCCGCCGCAUCGCCAUGGCGGCUUCCACGCCGGUGGGGCAGCGGCCCCGGGGCAGCGCGGCCAGCACCCCGCUCAGCCCGACGCGCAUCUCCCGGCUGCAGGAGAAGGAGGAGCUGCAGCACCUCAAUGACCGGCUCGCCGUCUACAUCGACAAGGUGCGGAGCCUGGAGACCGAGAACAGCGCGCUGCAGCUGCAAGUGACCGAGCGAGAGGAGGUGCGCGGCCGAGAGCUCACCGGUCUCAAGGGGCUCUACGAGGCCGAGUUGGCCGACGCCCGCCGGGCGCUGGACGAUACGGCUCGGGAGCGGGCAAAGCUGCAGAUCGAGCUGGGCAAGAUCCGCACGGAGCACGAGCAUUUGCUGGGCAGCUAUGCAAAAAAAGAAGCUGAUCAUAAUGCAGCCCAAGUCAAGCUUCGGGAGUUUGAAGCAGCCCUAAAUUCCAAAGAGGCUGCCCUGGCUACAGCACUUGGUGAUAAGAAGAGCCUGGAAGGGGAACUUGAGGAUUUGAGAGAUCAGAUCGCCCAGUUGGAAGCCUCCUUAGCUGCUGCCAAGAAACAGCUGGUAGAUGAAACUUUAAUGAAGGUGGAUCUUGAAAAUCGUUGUCAGAGUCUGACUGAAGACUUGGAGUUUCGUAAAAAUAUGUAUGAAGAGGAAAUCAACGAGACAAGAAGGAAACAUGAAACUCGCCUGGUUGAGGUGGAUUCUGGGCGCCAAAUUGAGUAUGAACACAAACUGGCUCAAGCACUUCAUGAAAUGAGAGAGCAGCAUGAUGCACAAGUGAAGCUCUAUAAAGAAGAGUUGGAACAGACUUAUCAUGCCAAGCUUGAGAACGCCAGACACUCCUCUGAAAUGAGUAGUUCUGCAGCCAAUACAGUAAGAGAAGAACUGACAGAAAGUCGCAUGCGGAUUGAAAGCCUCUCCUCCCAGCUUUCAAGUCUACAAAAAGAGUCUAGGGCAUGGCUGGAUAAGAUGCAGGAGCUGGAGGACACGCUGGCUAAGGAAAGGGACAACUAUCGCAGGAUGCUCUCUGACAAAGAAAGAGAAAUGGCUGAGAUAAGAGAUCAGAUGCAGCAACAGUUGAAUGACUAUGAACAACUUCUGGAUGUGAAAUUGGCUCUGGAUAUGGAAAUCAAUGCAUAUAGGAAAUUGCUGGAGGGUGAAGAAGAGAGGUUGAAAUUAUCUCCCAGCCCAUCUUCUCGGGUGACAGUCUCUCGGGCAUCAUCAAGUCGUAGCAUGCGCACAACCAGAGGAAAGAGGAAGAGAAUUGAUGUGGAAGAAUCUGAAGCCAGCAGUAGUGUCAGCAUCUCCCAUUCAGCUUCUGCUACUGGAAAUGUUUGUAUUGAGGAGAUAGACGUGGAUGGGAAAUUCAUCCGCUUGAAGAACACUUCUGAGCAGGAUCAACCAAUGGGAGGCUGGGAGAUGAUCAGAAAAAUAGGAGACGCUUCUGUCAGUUACAAAUAUACCUCAAGAUAUGUACUAAAGGCAGGCCAGGCUGUUACAGUCUGGGCUGCAAAUGCUGGAGUUACUGCCAGCCCUCCCUCUGACCUCAUCUGGAAGAACCAGAAUUCUUGGGGCACUGGCAAAGAUGUGAAAGUUGUAUUGAAAAACUCUCAGGGAGAGGAAGUUGCUCAGAGAACCACUGUCUUCAAAACAACUCUACGUGAAGGUGAAGAAGAGGAGGAAGUUGAGGAAGAAGCAGUUGAGGCAAUUGAAGAGGAUCUUUUUCACCAGCAGGGAGACCCAAGGGCAGCUAACAGAAGCUGUGCAAUCAUGUGAAUUUCUUCAGUCAACCAGCUUCCUCAGAUUAUGGUAAUCCUUGCCUAUAGAGCAGAGCCUUCUCAGAAGCACAAUAUUUUUGUAUUUCUUUUAUGUGAGUUUUUAAGAUGCAAGUCUGAUGGCCUUAAUUUCCUUUGUCACCGAAAAGAAAGUUUUGUAAAAGAAACCAUAUCUGUAACUCUUGCAAGAUGUGAAUUGUUGACACUGAACUAUGUACUGUCUCAAAAUGACCCCUCAAUUUUUUAUGCCAGUCUUUUUUUAUUCUUGUUAAAAGGGAAAUAUGCCACUGUGUUGUAUUUUUUUUGUUUUUUAGACUACAUCACUUAGACUAGCCAUCUGCUGUCGAACCCUUUAUAUUUAGGUGCUGUUGGGGAGUGGAAGGCAUUUACAAGAUGAUGAUGAAUUCUUUUGUACUGAAGACUUUGUUUUUGUACUACACAAUCAAAGUUACAAAACUUUUUUUAUAGAAAAGAUAAGCUUUUCUUUUUUAAAAAACAAAAAAAACAAAAAACAAAGCCUAAUCACGUAAGCACUCAUCAGAGGAUGAAGGAAGUAAAAAAAACUUGUUUUAUUGGUACCUUUUUCUUUACUUAGUUUCUUAACCAAGGGCGGGAGGGGGAUGUUUCAUGUUAAACAUGCUAGUUGUGUUUUUAAAGAUAGUGUAACUUGCUUAAAUUUUCUUACGUGAUAUUAACAAAUAAAAAGCUGUUUUAAUAUGA